UGAUGGGCCGAUCAUUCGGUUUCAAACUGCCGGUUCAGCCCAAACCCGGCGGACGGCCACCAUCAGAGGCCUAACCAAGCAUGUCCUCACUUUUCUAAUUAUAACUCAGAAAGUAAAAGCAAAAUUCUAAAAUCCAUUAAACCCUGGUGACUGUCUAUUCAAACUCCCAUCUUAUACUUGCAUUCCUAUAGAGAUGGCUUUAUCUAGAGUUGCAAGGCGUCCACUUCAAGUGAUGCUAUAUAGCAGGUUGAGUAACCAAGGGCAAACUUAUUCUACAUGGACUCGCACAGCUCCGUCUACUUCUAUUUCUCAAUUUACAGAGGCAAAAACCUUACGGGAAUCUAGUUUUGGAAUGUUUUCUCGGCGAUUCAGUAUUCAAGCUCCUGUUGCGGCGGAGCAAAUGAAUCUGAUUAAGCAAUUGAGAGAGCGGACAAGUGCUCCCAUCAAGGAUGUUAAGGUUGCCCUUGUUGAUUGCAAUUGGGAUAUUGAGGAGGCGCAGAAGGAUUUGAGGAAAAGAGGGAAGGUUUUGGCCGAGAAAAAAUCUGGUAGAACUGCUGCUGAGGGGUUACUUGCAUUGGCAGAGAAUGAAGGGAAAGCUGUUCUUGUUGAGCUUAAUUGUGAGACAGACUUUGUUGCCAGAAACGAAAUAUUUCAGUAUUUGGCUCUAACUUUAGCAAAGCAAGCUUUGCUGAUUGAGAAUACUUCUCAGCAGGUUUCUGGGGUCCAUCCCGUUGAGCUUGAGCGUUUGGAGGAGUUGAAGUUAAAUCUUGAACAUCCAAAAAUAAGUGGUGAAACAACUGUCCAAAAUGCAAUUACAGAAGUAGCUGCAAUGAUGGGUGAGAAUGUGAAGCUCAGAAGAGGCUUUGUUAUAUCUACAUCUUCACCUGGUGUUCUUUACACCUAUCUUCAUACAAGUCCGCAACCAGGUUUGGGUCGUAUUGCUGGACUUGUAUCUCUUGAAGUUGAGGAUGGGAAUCCCCGGUUGGAAGCUCUCCAGCAGGUUGGAUCAGAAUUGGCAAUGCAUGUGGUGGCAGCAAAGCCAUUAUUCUUGACCAAGGAACUUGUUUCCUCUAGUGCAUUAGAAAGUGAACGUGAGAUUCUUAAGUCUCAGGCAGAAAGUACAGGGAAGUCUCAGAUGGCAAUAGAGAAAAUGGUAGAAGGUCGUCUGCGUAAGUACUAUGAGGAGGUUGUUCUUAUGGAGCAAAAGUUUGCACUUAAUGAUGGUAUAAAUGUGCAGAUGUUGUUGAACACUCUAUCCAAGCUUGUGGGCUCAACUGUGAAGGUAGGGAACUUCUUCAGAAUGGAAGUUGGAGAAGGAAUUCAAAGGCUAGAAGCAUCAAGUGCAGAUGAACCUGUGGCACAGACUGCUUAACUUGGGGUGAUUGUGUCCAUUAAUCUGUUUCGGCUUAUGGGGGUAGACAUUUGACUUUGUAUGUCAUUCUGAGGUUGAGGGCGUGUUUUGGAUUUUUAUCAUUUGAUGGUCUCAGCGGUCAGCAGGUCUUCCUGCAAUGGUUACUUCAAGCCCAUGUGGUAGAAUAGAAUGUUUUGAUAUCGUCUUAGAUCACUAUGAAUAUUGUUUCUUAUUUUAUUACAGCAUAAUUUUUUACAAGUUUAAUAGAGAAAAAAACAAAGGGAUAAUCCUAAACUGAUCGUCCCACAGCAAAAUAAUGUAUAGGAGUAGGACAUUGCCCUAGUCCUACUCAUUAUUGUUUGUGAUAGUGGUCUGUGUUACACUAUGUGUUCAUUUAAGUUGGGCAAUCUUUUUGAACUCUU